AUGUUGAAGGGCGUAGAAUUAACACCUGAAUUACAGGAAAUUCUCAAUGCCAAUAUGGAUUGCGUGCAAGAGAGGCGCACCGCACGUGAGGCCUUCAAGGAUAUUCAGCUUAACAUCGAUCAUAUCUUGUUCAACACAAAAUAUGAAGGAUUGAAGACAAAGGAGUCAUAUGAGACGAACUCUAAAGGGAUAGAAAUUUUCUCAAAAAGUUGGCUUCCGGGGGCACAACCUCCCAAAGCUGUAAUUUGCUAUUGCCAUGGUUAUGGAGACACUUGCACAUUUUUCUUUGAAGGAAUUGCUAGAAAGUUUGCUUCAUGUGGAUACGCGGUUUAUGCCAUGGACUUACCGGGACUUGGCCUUUCGGAAGGUCUUCAUUGCUAUAUUCCAAGCUUUGACGCUCUAGUAGAUGAUGUUGUAGAACAUUAUUCAAAAGUUUUAGAAAAUCCCGAAAUACGUGAUCUUCCAAGGUUCUUGCUGGGGCAGUCGAUGGGAGGAGCCGUGGCUCUAAAGGUGCACCUUAAACAACCAACGUUCUGGACGGGUGCAGUCCUUGUUGCUCCAAUGUGCAAAAUUGCAGACGAUGUGGUCCCACCAUGGGCAGUAACAAAAUUUCUCAUAGGUAUGGCGAAGGUUAUGCCAAAGAUGAAGCUUGUUCCACAAAAGGAUCUCGGUGAUAUGGCAUUCAGAGAUCCUAAAAAGAAGCAUCUGCCAAACUAUAAUGUUAUCGGUUACAAGGAUAAACCACGUUUGGGAACAGCUAUGGAACUUUUAAAGACAACACAAGAGAUCGAAAGUCAACUUGAAAACGUUUCGUUGCCAUUGUUGAUAUUGCAUGGAAAAGCUGAUAUGGUGACAGAUCCGUCUGUGAGUAAAGCUUUGCAUGAAAAAGCAAAGAGUCCAGACAAGAAAUAUAACUUAUAUGAUGAUGCAUGGCAUUCAUUAAUGGAUGGGGAACCUGAUGAGAUCAUUACUCGGGUUCUUACUGAUAUUAUCACGUGGCUCGACGAACAUACUACUAAAAAGUAAUUUGUUCAUCGAGCUAUACUGAAAUUUUAAAAAUAAGAUCUUUUUUUGUCAUGAUUGAAGUAGCAAAACUUGUGAAGUGUAAAGUUUUAUUUGAAAAAUAAAUGUCCAUUGUUGUAAUUAAUUUUUAGACCUUAUUGUAUCUAUAGGC